CUACCCUGUAUCUUGCAAAACAAGGACUUUCAUUUCGUGGCCAUAAUGAAAAAAGGGAGUCUUUAAAUAGAGGUAAUUUCAUUGAACUAUUAGAGACAUUUGGAGACAAGAACACAAAAUUAAAAAUGAAAUCAAGGUACGGUCAUUAUACAUCCCACGAGUACCAAAAUGAUUUGAUAGGUGUUAUUGCUUCAUCUACAAAAAAUAUAAUUUUAAAUAACAUGUCUGAGUUUACUGCAUACAGUAUUUUAGUUGAUGAAACAAAAGAUGCGAGUAAAAAAGAGCAACUGAGUUUUUUAAUCAGAUUUAUUGAUAAAAACUAUAAUAUUCAAGAAAAAGCUCUUGGCUGUUAUCAUAUGAAAAGGUGUGAUGCAGACUCUCUAAGUAAAGCUAUUUUAACUAUUGUUGCGGAAAAUAAGUUGGACAUUAGUAGAUGUGUAGCCCAGUGCUACGAUGGUGCAUCAGUGAUGAGUGGAUCGUUUACAGGUGUACAAAAGAGAAUAGCAGACAUUGUUCCACACGCUAUAUAUAUACAUUGUUAUGCACAUCGUCUUAACUUAUGUUUAUUAAAUUCAAUUCAAGACAUAAGGUCCGUGGUAAACAUGUUUGAUACUGUUCAAGGUAUUUAUACAUAUUUAAUGAAUAGCCAAACCAGGUAUGAAUUAUUCACUAAAAUCCAAAAUGAUAAAAAAAUCAAGGUAUUACAUUUGGAAAGAUUAGUAGAAACCAGAUGGUCGUAUUGGUAUAGCUCACUACAAAAAAUAAAACAGAGAUACUCAGAAAUUAAAGAAGUUUUGACUAUUUUAACUCUACAAGGAGAUCAAACAGCUAGAGCAUGUGGAUUACUCGAGGAAAUUUCUACUUUUCAAUUUAUUAUGAUAUUGAGUAUUAUGAAAAAAAUUCUCAAGUGUGUUCACUGCUUGUCAUGUGAAUUACAAUCUACUUCAAUUUUUUUACCUGAUGCUAUGCAUUUGGUCAAAUCAACUAAAAAAGAUCUACAAAGUUUCCGUAACGAAGAGACAUUCUUUCAAAUUCAUAAUAAGUCAAAAUUAUUUGCUAAGAAAAAUGGAUUAGCUGAUGACGAA